GGUAGACCUUUGCCUAAACAAAUUUUAUUUGUACUCGGAGUUCUAUUAAACUUUGCCCAUCACCUUGUCCACCUCUCUUUCUUUGAGAAAUUCUGUCUCCUGCUCCAAGCAAAGCUUUCACCUUUAUUUUAUUCUCUCAGCCUUUGCUAUUUCUUUCUCUCUCCUUUUUAGCUUCUGGGUUUCUGUGCUCUUUAUUGCUUUCAUUACCUUCAUUGAGAUCUGGUUUCAAGGUAUGGGUUUUUAUGGCACUAACUCUAGAACCAUAAGCACAAAGAAUGGCCUAAAUGCUCUCUACAAUACACCUGCAGAACACUGCUUUGACUGUAAUGAGCAUAAAAUCCGAGUUCUUUUCAUAAGGAUGAUUAGGAAUUUUGGCUUGGCAUGUUUUCUGCCUCCUCGGCGGAGGAGAGGCUUGGGGAGGAAUCAUGGCAACUGUGAGAAGAAAUCUGGGAACAGUUUGGAGAACAAGGCAUGGUUGCUUGCAGAGUCUGGUGGGACUGGAGCAGAAUUGACUACUGCCGAGCCACAAUCUGUGCACUCGUCUUUCAGGUUUAGUUUAUGCUCUCAAGUGGAGCUUGAGGACAUGAAUGCGACAUCUUUGACCUCUGCUACGGUUUUAAUGGUGAAUUUAGAUAAUGGGUUUAGUGAGGCAAGAACUAAGGAGAUGAAAUGGAGAAGGAUUGAGUCUCUUGAGAGAACCAUCUCACCCGUUGCCAAUUCUUUGGUUAGGCUCAGCUAUGGUGAAAUUCUUGCAGCUACUCGAAAUUUCUCUAAAGGCAGAGUUUUGGGAAGAGGAGCUUUGAGCUUUGUUUUCAGGGGUAGAAUUGGGUUUUUAAGGACUGCUGUGGCUAUUAAGAGACUGGAUAAGGAAGACAAGGAGUCCCCUAAGUCCUUUUGUAGAGAAUUGAUGAUUGCUAGUUCUCUUCACAACCCAUAUAUUGUUCCUCUUUUGGGGUUUUGUAUUGAUCCUGAGGAGGGCCUGUUCUUGGUGUACAAGUAUGUCUCCGGUGGAAGCUUAGAGCACCAUUUGCACGAGAAGGACAAGGGAGUCAAGACACAGUCUACGGGGCUUCCUUGGUCUGUGAGGUUUAAGGUUGCCUUAGGAAUUGCAGAGGCAGUAGCAUAUUUACACAAUGGAACUGAAAGAUGCGUUGUUCAUAGAGACAUUAAACCCUCUAACAUUCUCCUUUCUUCCAAGAAAACACCAAAGUUGUGUGACUUUGGAUUAGCUAGUUGGACAUCAGCACCCUCAGUUCCAUUUCUUUGCAAAACUGUUAAAGGAACAUUUGGUUAUUUAGCUCCCGAGUAUUUCCAACACGGAAAAGUAUCUGAUAAGACUGAUGUUUAUGCUUUUGGGGUUGUCUUGUUGGAACUGUUAACUGGACGGAAGCCAAUUGAGGCAAGAAGGCCUCCAGGAGAAGAGAAUUUGGUUCUUUGGGCAAAACCUCUCUUGCAUAGAGGAGUGGCAGCUGCUGAAGAGUUGCUUGACCCGCGGCUGAAAUGCCGUUUGAAGAAUUCAACUCAAAUAGCAAGAAUGAUUCAAGCUGCAGCCGCCUGCAUAAGUAAUGAAGAAUCUCAAAGGGCAGGCAUAUUUGAAAUUAUGGCCAUACUGAAAGGUGAAGAAGUACCAUUUUAUUCUUUUAGAAAGAGGUCCAAUUUUUCUGGAAUCAUUGAUUGUUACCCUCAAUUACAACAGACCAAAAGUGAGAUGAAUAGUCACUUAGCUUUGGCAAUGCUAGGAGUUUCAGAGUUUGAGGAUGAUGAUCAUCUUUACCGUCGCUGAAACGUACUGUCAAUAUAAUCUACGUUUUAACUAUUUAUAGUUUCAACCAGUUUUUCUUGCUUUGCAUGCUUGAGGAGAAAGAACUAGGCUGAAAAUUAAAAAAAAAAAAAAAUAAUAAUAAUAAAGAAAAAGGUAUUCA